GGUACACGCCAUUCGCCCACAAUCUCCUCGAAGCGGGCCAAAACUAAUUCAAGAACGGGAAAAUCAGACUCAAUCGUCCCAAACACACAGCAACAGAAUACGCCUUUGCCCCACCACAGGGCCCAGCUCGACACCGCUUCCAAUCCUCUCUCUCUCUCUCUCUCUCUCUUCCUUGUGCAAGCAAGGAUGCUCUCGCUCUCCACAAUUCCCAAUGGCACCACCACGCUCGUGAACUCGCUGAGCUCAGUCCCUCUUUCACUCUCACUCUCACUCUCAGCAUCGGCAACCAGCUCCACCAGAAAUUUCAGAGUCAAAAUGUCGCCCGAUUCGCUUCCUCCUUUGCCUCAAAACCGCAUCGUGGUGGGGAUAGGGGCGGCGGGGGUGGAUUAUUUGGCGGCAGUGGCGGCGUAUCCGAACCCCGACGACAAGAUCAGAACCACCAGCUUGAAGGUUCAAGGAGGUGGAAAUGCCGGGAAUGCAUUAACCUGUGCAGCUCGUUUGGGCUUAAAUCCAAGGCUGAUUUCCAAGGCUGCAGAUGACGCUCAAGGCAGGGGCAUAUUGAACGAGCUAGAAGCUGAUGGUGUAGAUACUUCUUUUUAUGUGGUUUCUGAGGGGGGUAAUUCACCGUUUACCUAUAUCAUUGUUGACAACCAAACGAAAACUCGUACAUGUAUUCACACCCCAGGAUAUCCUCCCAUGAUACCAGAUGACCUUUCCCGUACAAGUUUAUUAUCUGCAUUAGAUGGAGCAAGAAUUGUCUAUUCCGACGGAAGAUUGCACGAAACUGCUUUAAUUGUUGCACAAGAGGCAGUUCGCAAGAGUAUACCUAUUUUAAUUGAUGCAGAAAGGAUAAGGGAAGGGUUGGAUGAUCUCCUGAAAUUAGCUGAUUAUGCCAUAUGCUCAGCAAAAUUUCCCAAGGCGUGGACAGGGGCACCAUCUGUUCCAAAUGCUCUUGUUUCCAUUCUUUUGAGAUUGCCAAAUAUCAAAUUUGUGAUUGUGACCAUGGGUGAAGAUGGAUGCAUAAUGCUUGAGAGAAGUGUAAAUGGCGAGUGUCACCAGACAGAAGAAAUUGAUGUAGACAUCUUAUUGGAAUCAUUAAAGCAGCAAAAAGAUGAUAGUGUACCCAGCCCAACAUGUAUUUCAUCGGUAGGACAAGGAAGCCUUCAUUUGAUUCAGAAAUGCUUGUGCAUGUUGUUGUUGAGCAGAUGAUGAUAUGAGCCAAGGGAAUUCACCAGGCCUUGCUUCUUGUCCACCAUGCCAAAAGUAAACUCUAUCAAAAGAAUCAUAGCUGUUAAUUUUAGCAUGUUGAGGCCAAAGCACCAUGCAGUGCUAUGAAUUGACUUGAAGGAACUACCUGCAUUUAUGGUUGUAAUGUACAGAACAGAUAAGGUAGUAUUAGGGAGAAAUUAAAGGGAAAACUGCCUUGGCUCUGAAGAUGUUCUGCAUAUAUAAGCUCUGCGCCUGAUUAAGCUGAUUUUUACAUGAAGGACAUUGAAGGGGACAGCUGGUGCAAGAAAUAUGUAAAAUAAGCCAUAUUUUGUGCACUAAAACACAGUUGAUGAAACCGCCCAUGUCAUAGGAUGCCUGUUUCAAUGGCAUGGUUAUUAAAGAUGAUGCACCUUUCUUGAAUAGUGACAGACAAAUUAACUCUGAUUAUUCAAAGUCAUUACCAUCUGAAAUUGGCCAUUACCUAGUGUUUGUCCUUCUAGAGCAAGGCCCUGGGAUGGGAGAUUGGAUGUAGUCCUAACCUUCAGUAGCUUUUGCAUGUAGUGGCUACUCUCCAAACUUAAACCCCAACACUUGUGCUCAAAAACAUGAUACUUUUACCAUUAUGCCACACAACAGCCCCUAAAUUCAUUCCUUUCUAAUUUAGAUUACAUCUAAUCUACUUAAACCAAAAAAUUGACUCUAAAUUCAAAUAUACUCUUUUCAGAUGGCCAACCAAAAUAAAUGAGGAAAAGUGAAACUAUGUUUGGUGACCCUUUGUUAGACCUAUAUAAUAUGCUGAAUAAUUUCUUGAAUGUUGAAGAUUUAAAGCGGGUGUUUUAAGGAGCUGAAUAUGGUAUAAUUAUAUGUGAUAUUGUUGUUUAAUCACCCCCCAAAAUAUCUGACACUCUAGAAAAAUACUUGAUUGUUAGUCAGAUAGAAAUCCAGCAUAGUAGAAUUAAGAGAUCAGUGUCUUCAUUUGAUAAAGAUUUACUGUUACACAUCUUUUUGCUUCCGAUC